AGACACGUACGUUUUGUAUGUGAGAGGAAAUGUUCAUUAUCGUCACCCACACACACCUGCACAGAUCCAUCCGUCCAUCCAUCCCUCCAAUGAAUGCCACAAGGCCGGCAGUAAGUCAAAUGGCAUGUAUGUCGCGUCUUCACAUCUUGGCCUCCUUCACCAAGUCGCGCUCGUCCCAGAAGGCCUCUUCUCUCUUCCACUUGAGCGUCUGCCGCCUACUCACACACACACACAUACACACACAAACACACACACGGAGGGAGGGAGGGAGGGAGGGAGAGAGGGAGGGAGGGAGAGAAGUUUGUGUCGGUCUGUGUGUGUGUGCGGCAGAGUUAGUACUUGAUGGCCUCCUCCCUCCUCUCUUUAGCGGCCAGCUCCUGCUUCAGCAGCGCCUGGGAAUACGCACUGCAUCCACACCACACACCACACACCACACACCACAAAACGACACACAGUCAGUCCAUUCGUUCGUAUAGAUCAGCACUGUGGGCGGUGUCCUGACUGACUUGUAGAUGAGUGCCGUCCGCCUCUUCGACAGGAGUGCCCGCAGGCGGCCCAUGACGUGGUCAUGGUCGAUGUAACAACCUGAUCAGGCACACACACACUUCCACAGGCGAGUGUGUGACGGCGUGUGCGUCGGCCCACCGACCCACCUUGAAGCAGUCUGUUUGUGUCGGUGUAGGCCGUCCGGCCGUGAGCUAUCCUGCCCGCAGCCGCACAGCACGACAGAAGAACAUGCCUCGCCCCUUUGUGUGUGGCAUGGUGGUUCUGAUGGUUGCUGGCGUGCCUGUGGUUGUCAAAUAUGAGCAGGUCGCCUUGCUGCAGCCGCACCUUCACCUACACACACACAGAGGGAGAAGGAGAUACAAUCACCCACAUGUGUCUGUGUGUGUGUGUGUGUGCGGAGACCAUGUAUCGGUCGUUGUUGAGCAUCGCGCCCAUCCUCUGCCACGCGACGUGCUGCUGCUCGUCCGUCGACCCAUCAGCCGCCUGAAUGCCAUGCAGGAAUGUGCGUGUAAGCUGUGUGUUCAGGCGCCCACUCACCCACCUUUGCGGGGCUUGCCGAGCGGUUAUUGUAGACGAUGCGCCUUACGCGGCCUGCAUCCUCUCACACACAUAACAUAGGUGUAUGUGCGUGGGCAGAUAAAGUGUGUGUGAGAGGAUGCAGGCCUAGGGAGGGGGGGAUACCUACCGCGUCGAUCCACAUCGAUUGGUGGCCUCUCUGCGUACAUGUCGACCUCGUUGAACCGCGUGUGUGCGUCGGGGGGGCUCUGGACCAACAGCGGCUCUUCCUUCUUGACCUCUGCACACACACCACACACACACACACACACACGAAGAGGCAAUGCCCAGAUGUGUGUGUGUGGGGGGGGAUGUACCGUCUUGUCCGCCGAACUGGUCUGGCCUCUCCUGCUUGAUGCUCUCUUGGAGGGCCUUCAGCCGCUGUGUUGAUGCAUUCACACACACACGCACACACGCGUGUGCAGGUUUGUAUGUGUGUGCGUGCGUGUGUGUCUCACCUUUUCCAUCGGGUCAGUGACGUCCACAUAAUGAAACGGCCAGGGCCUGCAGCACACACACGCACACAGAGAGAGCCAGAGAGACACACAUGCGGGCUGUGCUGUGCUGUGCUGUGCUCAACUGUGUGAGCGUGUUGAAGUCCUCCGGCCAUCUCUCGCGUAUGUCGUUGGCCACAGCAAAGCCGUCACUCAGCAAUGUCACCGCCUCAUCUUUGCGCACGCACACACAGAGGUAGAGAGAGCGAGAGAGAUCGAGAAGGAGCGAGAGCGUCAUACCGUUGUGUGCCGGCUGGAUGCAGUGGAGCAGCUGCACGCCUGGGAUCGGCUCUGCACGACACACACACACACACACACAUCCAUCCAUCAAUCCAUCCAUCCAUUUUGAUAAGGACGCAUGCGCACCUCUGUAAGGAUUGUCUGUGUGGCAGCUGAGCGCCCUGUCUGUGUAGGCAAGAUUGUUGGCCGCUGUGUCCCCGACUGCAUACACAAAGACACACACAGAGACAGGCAUGCAGAGAAGACAAGACACACUCGUGUCAUGUGCACUCACCCACCUGUGCAGACGUCAAAGGCCCGGCCGUACUUGGUCUCCCGCACAUAGCCGAACCACUCGGCCGCUCGCAGCACCUGCACACACACACACACAUCGGUGUGUACUGAUCUGUAUGCGAUGCGAUGAUGUGUGUGCGGACCGUGUUUGUGUCGUGUGUGAGUCCCCUGAUCAUGACGACCCCGUCGCGCCAGAGAGAGAGCAGCACCCACAGCUGACUGUCAUAGCUGCCGUUCAUUGCAUUGCCACACACAUAGGGGCGGACGGAUGGAUGGAUGAAUGGAUGGAUGGGCAGCUCUGUGCUGUGUGGACGUGUCUACCGCUGUGUGCCGCCGCCGAUUUGAUCCCAAUCGUACACACAGAUGCCGCCCGAAUGCUCAGACACCGAUGGCACAAUCGCACUGCACACACACACACACACACACAUAUCCGUCCAUCCACCCCUCUGUGUGCGCGUGGUGUGUGUGUGUGUGCGUUCGUACGGUGGCGGCUUCUUGCCGUCGCCCUCUUGAUCAGCCUCAUCGUGAAUGUUGGCGUAUCCCCCUUCCGCGAGCUGCUGCAUGGCCGCAGCGAAGGCCUCGUUGCGCACCCGCAGGUCGCCUGACCGCCAUGGCGCCCGCACCUACACACAUUCGCACACCUAGAUGGAUGGAUGGAUGGAUGUGUGUGUGUGUGCGCUUAAUACAGAGUCGAGGACGUCCGUGAGCGACUUUUCGUUGCGUGUGAGCAUCUCGUCCAGCGAUUGUGUUGCCGCUGCUGACCGAGGGGGGGAACUGCACACACACACACAUGCAGACACACAGACACAGACACAGACACGUGCAGACAGGCACACGAGUCUCCUGCCUACUUAGGAAUGACGUGCUGGUAGAGCCACGAUGCAGGGAACGUGGAAAGGCCUGGACACAAACACAAUGGCGUAUACGCAAUUGUGUGGGUGCACCGUCCCCCCCACCCUCCCACCGACCCACGCCACUUACCCCUCUCUCCCCAGUGCAGCUGGAUGUAGUCCUCCGAGAAGGUCAGCCUGGCCCCGCUCCCCAGCACUGAGGAUGAUGGCAGCUGACAUACAGACACACAGACAGAGAGAGAGAUGGACGAGCCACGCCAACAUCGAUCUACUACCCACUACCUGCCAUGAUUCGUGCAGCCGCUGCAGGUUCUCCGUGCGGUUCUGCGGUGCGUUGUCGUACAGCCUGAUGGACAGACAGGUACAAAGGUGGACCGAUAGACACGGACAACACACACGGACAACACAUGCAUAGAUCUUUGCCUGCUACUCACCAUGUGUAGUGAAAGAACGCCUUCUCGCCACUGACCCACUCGACGCUCACACCUACACACACAAGAAAGUGAGAGAGAAAACAAAGCAAAGCGCGUGUGGUGUCUGUCUGUCUGUGAAGACUGCGUAGCGUACCGUCCUGCAGUUUGGUGCAUGCCUUCAUGUAGGGCCCGGGCACCAGCCGCCGAAUGCCCGACGGUGAGGACGACUGCCGACAGAUGCGAGUCAGCCACAUGAUGGAUUGAAAUCAGAUCUGCUCCACUGCUGCGAGACGCAAGAU